UCCUCGGUCAAACACCAAAAACAUGUCUGAGUGUGAAAGACUGAACCGUUAGUUCGUAGCUGUCAGCCAUCUGCUGUCACCGCUGUUGGUCGCCGAUCCGACCGACUGCUAUAUGGUUCCCGUCCUGUUCACGGCAGAUAACCCAGAGAGAUGCCACAGAAAGCACUGGGAUCCAUUGUAGGUCUUCUUUGUACUGGGACCUGUCUGGUGCAGAAGGGAAAGGAGUUCUGUUCGGGGGUAAAUAAUGAACAGUACCGCUGUGAGAUGGGGUACUGCUGUGGCGAGACAGAGUGCUGCACUUACUACUACGAACUAUGGUGGUUCUGGUUGGUAUGGACACUAAUCAUAAUGCUCAGUUGCUGCUGUGCUUAUCGACACCGGAGAGUUAAAAUGCGCCUGCAACAGGAACAACGACAACGUGAGAUCAGCCUAAUGGCCUAUCAGGGUGCUUCAAGCUCCUUCAUUACCCCUCCACCUCUCAAUUUAAGGUUUUGGAAUGACUGCAAGCUUCCCGACUACGAAGAGGUCGUAGGUCACCCACCGACCCCACCUCCGCCGUACUCUGAAAACCCCCCUCAGUCAACCCCAACAAUUCCUCCACAAAUAAGCCAGCCGGUUUCUGUCUCUAUGCCACAACCUUUCCCUGACGAAGAGGCAGCAGCGAACUGUCAGGUAUCGGGCUUCGCUUCAGACGAGGGGGCAAUGUCACAGACUGUCGAACCACAGCGCCGGGAAGUGGAGAAUGUAGAUGUUCUCCUGUUGGGAGCGGUGGCGGAGGAGGAGGACGAAGAGCUAGUAACUCGACGCCGGCAUGUAACCGGCGACUCAGGGAUUGAGGUGUGCGUUUGCCAGCUGGACGUAGAUGAGGGCUCAGGGCUCGAGGAGGAAAGCGACGAGGAGAACCGGAUGUGCAAAGGUGCCAGCAGGGACUGCUGCUCCGGACGCCCACAGGUGACCUUCAGACAGAAGGAGUGCACCUCAGAGCUGCCCAGCCAGGCCGCCAACACCAGCGCUGGAGACCGCAUGGUGUGAUCCACAGCAUAAAUAACCAGCAAACCAAUAAGGCUUCUAGCUUCACACAGGGUGAUAACUAUUAGCAUCAUCAUUGGCAUGGGGAAUGUCUAUGCUUUAUUUCCCUGAGCUAAUAAUAACAAGAUGAUGAUAACUAAUCAGUUCUGGCUUUCUUUAAGACAGAUAAAACAAGAACGUGGGCAAAGCCUGGCUUUUUUCCAAUACAUUUCCUAGUGGGGAAUCCAGCAAACGUUUCGCUGCUUUGUUGGAUAUAUUUCUACCUUCUGUUCAGUGUGAGUACAUCAAUGAAUAGUGAAAAGAAAGAAUGCGGUUGUUUUGGACUGAAAGCUGAAGUGUUUUUCUCACCCUCUCCUGCAGCGCUGCUUUCAUGCUUCCAUUUCUGUCCCAAAAAGCCCUCAUAGGUCAGAACAUUUCUGCCCUGUCCUCCCAACAGAGAUUUGACCUCUGGUGGGACAGCCGUCCAGAAGCCUGUGGCAACACAUUAAACAUUUCCCCACCGUGACUGAGCAAAUGAGGGAAGAACAAACAACUAGCUUGAUUUAGUCAAAAUUAGAAUCAGAUUGUUUUCUCUUCUAAAGCCUAAUACGUUUAAGUACUGUGUGCUUGCUGUGAAAUCUAGGCCGCAGCUGCACAGUGAUGUCAUCCCUAAGGUCAUGGUCCCCCAUGGUUGGGAGGGGGACUAAACACCCGAGCAGAGAAGAAAUCAGCUUCUUGUGUUUUAAAUUUCCUUCUGAUCUCUUCUUUUUAUGAUAUCCGUAUUGUUGUCACCUGGGUUGCGUGGUAUCUAAUUAGAACGGUGAAAGCGGUGCUCAUCAUUGUCGUGAUUUAUUGAUCACGUGCAUGUAUACACGUGAUCCUCCCUCGCUUCAGUUCCUAGCUGCAGUAGAUCCACUGUAAUAACAGCAUGGGCAAGUUUUUAGAAUCGUGGGGGGAGCUCCGUGUUAGUGUUUGAUUUAAAAAGGGAUCUCUGAGGGAAUUCUAUCACUCAACAUGUUGCUUUUUAUGUCAACAUUGAAGGAUGUACAGUUGCUUUUUGCUUUUUCAUCACAUAACCCACUCUGCUUCAGUAAAUGCCACAGGUGUCAGCAUCCAUUGCAGCAAAUCUGCUGACAGCCGCUGUGGGUGUGUGGGGCUAACAGUGCAGUGAAGAAAUGUUGAGUUGUAUCCUUUAGAGAUCGCUGAGGUGGAGUAACAAUUUAAAGCACUGAUUUUGUUUCUUUUUUAUAUUUUUGCACGAGGCAUGACUUGGUGUUCAUAUUUGAGUGGAUUAGCAGAGUCAUCAUUUCAAUACUUGCUUUGCUCAUCAGUUACAAUGAUCUCGGCCUGCGGUGGCUAAUAAACUCACUUUAAAUAUUCAUUUUUAGAUGUUUUGAUGUAGUUUUACUGACGAGUGGUUACUAGCUAGCUGGUGCUGUUGUGUCUGCUUUCUCGAUAGCUGUUGUCAGUGCAAGGGAUUUGCAGUGGCAUUUUUCCACUGGCAGCAGAGGGCCAGUACAUCAGAUAGCUGAGAUGGUUGCAGCCUCUGCUCGACAGUUGAUUUUGUUUUGGCACGACCACUGAAAUGCUCUCAGUGAACUGCAUGUUCCACACCAACGCAUGCGGCUUGUUUUCUGAACUGUAGUCUGUAUGCUUAGAAUAUAAAACGACCUACGACAGAUGGGACGACCCUGGCAGAAUGAAGUUUCCCUCACCGAUACGCUUCUGUCUGAGACGAGUUUUGUGUGUCAGGAAAUAAACCUUCUCAGAAUAAAGUUUGGAAAAGGACCUGCUCUGAUUGGUCAUCUGACAGCAUAGGUGGUAUGCAUACACAUAAUGCAGUGCUCUAGAUUGACGUCUUUGGCAAUAUCAGGGGUUUUGACACGGAUGUAGGCAUGGGCGGCAUAAAGGACACGUUUUAACGGUAUUUACACAAAAACGGAUGUUUUAAUUACUGAAAAGCUUAUGCGGUUUUAAUUUUGAUUCAUAUACUUAAGCAUAACUAUAUAGUAAACAUCUACUAGAUUUAGUAGGGGGAAAAGCAUUAUAGCCUUUUUUUGCCAGCUGAAGAGAAGUGUGCAGCAGCAGGUAGGGGAGGGGUAGCGCUGCAUUACACUAAUUGCAUCCAUGCAUACUUCUCUGCCUAAAAUCGGUUCGGUGCCUCAAUUCAUAAAACGGGGGGAAAACGUACAAACAGUUGAGUCCUGCUUUAAAAAAAAAAAGGACUGCUUCUAGUAGAGCCACAAAAACACACAAGAAGUUAUUUUUCUUGUGCACAAUAUAGUGUCAUUUCAGAGCUUGUGCACAUCAAAAUGAAAGUGUUUGCUCUGUCAACCAGCCUGCAGCAGAUGUUUUUAGGUUGUGGCUGUUCAGGUUAGAAUACAGCCGUGGUUAGAAUGUAGCGGAGGAACACGACGCAGCCGCUGCACAGAACAUGUCAGGACAAAAUGAUAACACACACACACCAGAGACUGAAACUGUAUCAAACCUUCACCGGUCCUUGUGAUUGUGCCGCGCCACCUAACCGGUGCCUGGACGUGAAGCCGUUCUAAUGAUCUCACAGAGGAACAGUUGCAUUGUGAGCAUGCAUGCACACCCCUAAGUAAAUUUGGUAAAACAUGUUCGUUUUUGACAGCACACCUUAAGCUGCCUUGUUCCAUUUCUAUAGAGCAGAUGUCUUGAUUAGAGCUGCACAUAUAAUAUAUAACCUCUGUAUGUGGAAACAGGUGUAAUACUGCCUUAUUAGAGUAGAUAUAGUCAAGUGUUUUUGUUGUCUUUUUUAAAAAUAUUGUAAUAUUUGUUUAAGCAUGGUUGUAUUAGAGAGCAGAGUAGCACUGUUGUGUUGGUAGAAAGUAGCAUUUAAUCUCCUAGUGGAAACGUUGGAUGCCUCUGUGCGUAGAGGAUGUGGUAUAGAAACAUUUAAAAGCCACUGAAGUGGGUGUUGAAUUAAACAUACUGUGUCUAGUUCGCUGUGGCACUGAUGAAAUGUGUUCUGACCCGAUUUUUGAGUUUGUGCUCAGUUUUGUUUUUGUAUGUAUUUGAUUGCGGUUGGUUUGUUAUAUGGACUGACUCAGAAGCAUGAGGAAAACAAGAUUGGGUUGUUACUUUGUUGCUUUUUGUUGUUGUUGUUUUUUUUUUGUGGAAAAGAUGCAUCUUUGCUCACAGUGCCUUGAAAAAAUAUUAACACCCCUUGAACCUUUCCACCUUCUGUCAUCUAACAGCCACAAAUGCCAUUCUUUUAUAUUUUAGGAUUGCUUGUGAUAGACCAACACCAUAUGGUGCAUAAUUGGAAGGAAAAAUAUAUAUGGUUUUAAAACCCUUUAUACAUAAAGUCUGAAAAGGUGUGGUUAUUUUCUGCUGCUAUUACAACAGCAGUUCAUGGGGCGGUAUGUCUCUAACACGUUUGCACAUCCUGAGACUAUGAAUAUUUGCCAAUUCUUUGCAAAAUAACACACAACAGCACCGUCGGACUACAUGGAGACUACUUGACUAAAACAAAUGGCGCACGAUGGCUUUCUUCUUGCCACUUGUUCUCGUGGAACCAGAUUUUCUAACAAACAUCUGAGGCCUUCACAGAACAGCUGUAUUUAUAGUGGCGUGGUUUUAUACUCGGGUGGAAUUAUGUGAUUAAGGUCACUGCUUGCGGUUUUACUUGGGGGUGUCGCAGAAUAAAACCUUACACAUUUCAGAUCUUUCAUUUGUAAAAACAAACUUUGAAUAAUCCCUUCCACCUCAGUUAUUACUAAAGUACUAGUAUCUGUUGGUUUGUCAUACAGUCCGUAUAAAAUACUUCAAAGUUUGUGGUUGUAUUGUAAAAACAAAUGUGGAAGGUUUCAAGAGAUAUGGACACAAGGCAUGAUGUAUAUGUACAUAUUUAAUAACAAUAACAGCUGGGGAGGGUGGUGAGAAUUGAGGUAAAGGAAGGGGAUCUUUCUCAUAUCCAUCGUUGGGUUUUUACAUAUUUCCAGAGACUAAGGGCUAAAUAUUAGUCAUGCAUUGUCGGCAGACAUCUAUAUAGUUCCCUGAGGGAUUUAUUGGUUGUGUUCUCUUCUUUCGAAACCACGGUUACAGUGAUCCACUAUCUGAACACAGAGGUGCGUAAAGUGAACUUUGGGUGUUCCCAAAUGUUGUGGUGGAGCUCAUAUUUAUAUUUUAGCUGAUUUGUAUAUGAACAUGUAUGUUUGCUUUAUUUUAGGUUUUAUCCUUGCCUUCUUGUUUUGUCAACCUUAACAGAGGUGCGUGAUGAACUCCUACCGCAUGUAUGCUCACCUCAAACAUAUGUAACCGCCUGCAUGCGUGGAUGUGUCAAGCGCUGCAGCUUAGGCUCAGUUGCUCCUCGUGGACUCUGACUCCACCCUCACUAACUGCAGGUGCUUGUUUUCCUAGUUUCCACUCCUCUGUAACAAAAGGGGGCGCAUCCGACCCAUGUAUAUCGGCCAAAGCCCUUCGUCAUAGCCACACGUAGCGGAUCAUCACAGGGUUGCCCCGAUCGUGGUCUGUUUGGUUUCACUCUCAGGGUUAUUUUUAACAAAAAAAACGCAGAGCUGCAACAGCUUUGUGACCCCGUCUCUCAAAAAGCCAAAGGAAACGUUUCAUGAUUGUCACUUGUUUGAUACACCCCCACCCUCCUCCCCCACCCACACCCAUCACGCACCUCUGUGAACUUUACUCAACUAGGCUAUGCAAAAACAUAAACCCACUGGUAUAUGCUGCGACCCCCUUUUCUCCAGUAGUUGUCCGCGGGCAUCGGUACAAGCAAUAUAACUGUCAGUACUCAAGGCACCGUGCUGUACUGUAACCGAUCAGUCUAUAUGUAUUUGUUUAGAAACUAAAUGUAAAAAUGACCUUGUAAUGCUUCUACAAUGACUGUAUGCUUGUGUCUGCUGAGGGGCUUCAGUUAAAAUGAUAUUUUGUCGUGCCCCUCUUCUUUUGUUUUCGGCGUUUGUUGUAUCUGCCGCCCUAAAUCACAGAUACUUUCCACUCCUGACUCAUGGGGAAACCACAUGUCGAAGCUGUGCAUGCUCAAGGAGAAAUGUUGGAAAUGUUCUUUUAGCUGCUCACGCUUGGAGUAGCUUUCUUCUUCAUGAAUUUACAGAGAAUAUUUAACCGUUGCCUUUAAUCCUCUUUAAUACAGCACCAUGAGUUUUUAUAUAAUGUGCAGAUGAAAGACCUGAACAUGGAUCGACUUACAAUAAACCAGCACGUUUUAGGCUGAAGGGCCAAUCACAGUGAGUCCUCGGCAUUUAGCUGAAAUAAACUUUUCUUUUUCUACAAAAUCUGCUAAUUGUAUGUUUUGUUUGCCCCUCCCUCUUAACCAUAGAUGGUACCGAACACAAGGAGGUGUUGGGUUAAGAUGUCCUUUUUAUUCCUAUUUUUGCAAAAUUGAGAAACAUGUACACCUGAAAGGGAAGCAGCCAUCUACAAAAACUCCACUCGUUCUACAUUGUUGUUCUGGUAAGUUUAAAGAAGCCAAAUUGAGUAAAGUGGACAAUGAGAAAAGAAAAAAAAAAUUAGCGCUGACUGACGAAAUUGCUUUGGUUUUGGUAACACGUCUACUGUGUACUGUCUGGGUCAUUGUUUGUAUUUUAUUUUUUUAAUAAAACAAACAUUGGCUCUCUGCUGA